GUAAUCAUACAGGGAUCGCAGAAGCCAUCUUUUUGGCACGAGGAUGAGUGCCCCAAAGACGACGACUUUCCAUGUGGGUAUGACCUGCGACGGUUGCGCCAAUGCCGUGAAGCGAAUUCUUGGAAAGAUGGAGGGAGUGACGGCCAUCGACACCAACGUCCCCGAAAAGAAGGUGGUCGUCCAAACGGAGGACCACGUCCAGGCGACGGACCUGCUCACCGCGCUGGCAAAAUGGGGGGAAGCCGCCGGGAAGGAGGUGAAAAUGCUGGCGUGACGCGAAGAGCCAGGAGAACCGACGGGGGAGAGAAGGGAAGGAAAGCAAAGAGAUUUGUACAAGUAGUACGCGAGGACCGGUGAGGACGGCAUUGGAUCAUGGGACUAUGCUCAGGAGGCGCGAGGGGAGUCCGUUGGGUGAAGGAGGGAGGGGGGGAAGGAAGAGGGUUUAAAGUGGGUCAAUCGACCUCGACGGUACCUAGCACCGUGACCGUUACCGUGACCGUUACAGGGCCCUUCCCGGGUCUGCACGUCACUGGCAACAAGAAGAAGACGGAGAAAUAUCACUCACACUUCUGAGG